AUGUACCAAAGUUGCUUACACUGCAUCAAUGCUUAUGUUGUUCACCUCUUGCUUGUCCUCUCCGGCGACGUUGAACUAAACCCAGGACCCGUGACCCUAGAAUCAAUCGCUGAGGCGAUAUCGCGUCUUGAACAAUCACAAAACACUGUACUCACUGAGCUUUCAAACAUACGUAGUGCUCAGACUAGCAUCGAAAAUCACGUCAGCACUCUUUCCCUGAGGGUUGAUGCUUUAGAAAAUAUAGUACACACAGGUCAAGCAGGCGGAAAAAUUUCAGAACCAGGCUGGAACGAUGAAGUUACUAGGCUUUCCUCCGAGAUUAAAAACCUCACAGAGAAGUGCGAUGACGCAGAAAAUCGUUUGCGCAGGUCGAACUUGAUCUUCUUUGGUAUCACAGAUGCGGCCGGUGAAACCUGGGAGCAAUCAGAGGAGCAUGUAAUCGCUUUCUGCUCGGAGCAUCUUGGUGUGUCGAUAAAUGCUGAUGAUAUAGAACGUGCGCAUCGAAUGGGCCGCUUCCAAGAAUCAAAAAACCGCCCAAUCAUUGUCAAACUGGCACAUUUUAAGGUGAAGUCAAAAAUUCUGACAGCAGGGCCGAAGCUGAAGAAAUCAAAAUUUUCUGUUCGUGAGGACUAUUCUGCGCAUGUUCGGUUAGCCCGGAAAAAGUUGUACUCUUUUGUUCCACAAGAGCGAACUGCGCAUAUUUCUGAAGGAUCUCAGAAGGGAGGCCCUCCACGGUGCAUCGGUGUUUAUGGUGUUUCGCUGUACGACACGCGGCGCCCGUGUAGAGGUGACUGGGAGCGCAAAAAGGUUUAUGUGCUGGAACUGUGA